CCUAAUUUUAAGUACUUUUUAUGCCUUAGUACUCCUAUAAAUAGGGAGUUCUUCUCAUUCAUAAGACACUACAUUAUUGAUUAAGUAUAUCAUACUUUGAGAGUUCUUUUGAACCUUUGUUACUUGUGCUUUGAGAUUUAUCUUUCAACCUUUACUAGUUCAUAGUUCAAGGUAGUAAGAUUACUUCUCUUUUAUGAUAUCUUUGAUUUCUUUGUGGUAUUCUUAGAAGGCGAUUAAUACUAGUUAUUAAUUGUUGUCUCAAGUUACUCGUAAAGCGGUCAAGAUCGGAAUCUAUUGUUUUGGUUUGCUUUUUAAGUAAAGGCGUUUGAUUUGUUCCAUAAACCAAGACGUUGUUACUUUGAUCUUGUCAAGACUAUAGAACUUGCGUUCUAGAUAUUUCGGUGUACGUUGAUUUGAGAGAGUGAUGUGCUAGUGGGGUGGUCUACUUCGAGGUUGUGCUAAACGAAUUUGGGACGAGUUUCUCAAAUGGUUCUUCAUUCUUCGAUCUAGGGGGAUCCUUCGGUGCUGACCAGUUGUUGCAAUGCCUUCAAAAGGCUUGAAUUUGACAAGGCUUUGCACGGAAGAGGAAGAAAAUGAGUCUAGUGGAGAAAUUCAAUGCAACCAUGGCUAUGUGCUACCUUUGUUAACAACUUGGACCCCGCGGAACCCAGGAAGAAGAUAUUGGGGUCCACGAUCUUGUGAUUUUUGGGUUUGGAAGGAUUCCGAAAUUGAUCCUAGGUCCAAAUUUGUUAUUCCAAAAUUGCUUGACAAAAUGGGUGAACUUGAAAAUGCAUUAGAAGGCUUUGAAAAUCUUGCCAAGCCGAGGACAACUUUAAAGGUUGAAAACACCAUAGAAGAGGACAAGAUGAAGAAGAUUGAGGCUCAAUUGGUGAAAUUGCAAGAUGAUAUGGAGAAGAUGAAAGAGAAGGAAAAGAAGUGGAAGAGUAAAUUGGCUAAGUCAAAGGCUAGGGAAAAUGUACUUUGGUUAAUUAUAUUGGGGAUGUGUAUUAUUCUUGUUGCUUGUGGGUAUCCAGGAAUCUCAUUGAAAGAAGAUGCAAUGAGGUUGCCAUUGUGAAUCUAGUUUUGUCAUCUCAAUGUGAAUGUAGUUGUUGCUUGUAGGUUUUAUUUUGUAUGUUUACAAUGGACCUUUCAUUUGAAUGUAAGCCUUUUGUAGUUUUGUCAUCUCAAUAUUUUGUAGAUUUCUCAUCUCAAUAUGUAUGUAGUUGUUGCU